GCGUAUCCAGCGUAAGACAGUCGUGUUUAGCUAACUCGCAUCAAGAGAAACUUGCGUGUAAAUUGUUUAACUACAAUUGUAAUCAAUAACAGAAAUCUCACGGAUUUGUCGGUUCUCACGUUUACGUACCUGUAUCAGGUAGUGAAGACUUCAAUAUGGUGUGAUCAAUGAAGCAAAAGUGGGACUAGAAUUGAGUCUAAUGCGGGGCUUAGAAGACACUAUUUAAGAGAUCAUGCCAGAGUAAGAGAUAAUGCCUUCUUCUUCUUUAACGUAAUGAAGGUUAUCUCAAAAGAUUGAAUCGAAAACUUAUACGAGUUGAACGUUAUUUUAUUAGCCACAACAUAAUACCACCUAAGGUUAGGUAGUGAUCCUCGAUAUGGCUUCCACCGACGAACUCCGAGCAGUCAUGGAAUCUACAUUGACGAAAUUCUUCGAGAAUAGCACUCUGGCAGUUAAAAACAAAGAUACCUCUCUGUACUCAGCGCUAUUAUCUCCCGACUGCCGGCGAUAUAUGAGGCCUGCUUCCUUCGUUAAAUCGUACCCCUUCAUCAAGGCAGUAGAGACGAACGCCGAGUACGAAGCUCGCAUGGCGCCGGAGAUCGCAGCUACGGACGAGUCGAGGGUUAAGAUCAUAGAGAUGGUCAUCGACCCUAUUAAACGCCACGGGAGCGCACACGUCCAGCACUGGUCCAAAAUUAAAGGCCGCGAACCAAUCGCCAUGGAAAUGUGCUGGUACGUGGAUUUCACCGAGGACGGAAAGAAGAUAUCGCGGAUCGUCGAGUUCCUCGAUACGGCGGCGUCUUCGAAACUCAUCGACUCUAUUUUGAAGAUGGCAAGGAAAUAGAAAUAAGCUUAUACUUAGGAAAAGAAACGCGUUAACAGUACUGUUUAUUUUUUCAAAAUACGUAUUUUUAAUACGCAAAUACUCGCAUAAUAAGAAUGCCCGAACUUAUUCGGGAUCUUUGAACGUUUUUAUUACAUAGUAGAUGUAUUAUUAAGGAAGAAAUGUUUCAUUGGAUGCAUCCUUAAAGUUGUGGAUCUAAUAUAUUUUCUCCAACGUU